AAUUGUAGGAACUGUGUUGACAUAAUUCUGUCCAGCAUGGAAGAACCCACUGAAAACCCACAUGGCUGUGGGGGGAAUAACUCGGACCCAGAGGAAGACAGGGGCUCGGAUUCAGAUUUUGGAACUUCGAAACUUGGAACGAAAGAAUACUGGGAGGAUGCCUAUCAGCAGGAACUGGAGACAUUCAAAGAAAUCGGGGAUGUUGGGGAGAUAUGGUUUGGUGAGGAAAGCAUGACCCGAGUGCUGCGAUGGAUGGACACAGCUAAGAUCUCAGAGGAGGCUGCAAUUCUUGAUAUUGGCACAGGAAAUGGAGCAUUUCUUGUUGAGCUUGCUAAACAUGGAUACAGGAACUUGACUGGUAUUGAUUAUUCUCCAGCAUCUGUGGAAUUGGCCAAAAAUGUUCUGCAGGCAGAGGACUUGUCAGAUGUUCCUGUGAAGGAGAUGGAUUUUCUAAACUGUCAUGGGGAGCUCAAGGAUUUUGAUGUCUGUAUCGACAAAGGAACCUUCGAUGCUAUAAGCUUAAAUCCAGACAACACCAAAGAGGGCAAAAAACUGUAUGUCCAAGCCCUCAAAGAUGCACUGAAGAAUGAAGGAUUCUUCGCCAUUACAUCGUGUAACUGGACAAAAGAGCAGCUGCUGGACAGAUUUAGUGAAGGGUUUGAGUUUGUGCAGGAGUUGCCAACACCCAAGUUUCAGUUUGGAGGAAAGACAGGCAGCAGUGUCGCAGCACUCAUCUUCAAGCGAGUAUCAUAAAUCACGUCUUCAUGCGAUAUUUAUCUUUGAUUGUCCUGACAGUUGUGCAGUUUCUCCCUGUUUUCACACUUGAAAAUGUUUUGUACAAAGUUAAUUAUAUAUUCGAAUAAUUUUCUGAAGAAUGAUGUCAAAUGAAGCAGAUGUACAGUGUUGAAAUAGAUAUGUUUCUGUUAUUUGUCAAAUAAAUAAGACUUUCUGUAUUAGAUAUAAUGCAUUUACCCUGAAAAUUAAACAUAAUUGCUUUAUUCAA